CCGGUCCCGCUGCCGGGGCACACCGCCGAGAGGAGAAUCUGAAUCUUCCACAGGGUCAGGUCAUGGAGGCGAAGCCACCGCUCUACCCAGUGGCGGGGGCUGCAGGGCCGGAGGGAGACGGCAACUCACUCGGGGUCCCUGACGGGCUCGGUGUCCCAGACGGACUCGGGGUCCCCGACGGGCCCGAGGCGCCGCUGGACGAGCUGGUGGGCGCGUACCCCAACUACAACGAGGAGGAGGAGGAGCGCCGCUACUACCGCCGCAGGCGUCUCGGGGUGCUGAAGAACGUGCUGGCGGCCAGCGCGGGCGGCACGCUCACCUAUGGUGUUUAUCUGGGCCUCCUCCAGAUGCAGCUGAUCCUGCACUAUGAUGAGACCUACCGCGAGGUAAAGUACGGCAACAUGGGGCUGCCCGACAUCGACAGCAAGAUGCUGAUGGGCAUCAACGUGACGCCCAUCGCUGCCCUGCUCUACACGCCUGUGCUCAUCAGGUUUUUUGGCACCAAAUGGAUGAUGUUCCUGGCUGUGGGCAUCUAUGCUCUCUUUGUCUCCACUAACUACUGGGAGCGCUACUAUACACUUGUGCCCUCUGCUGUGGCCCUGGGCAUGGCCAUUGUGCCUCUUUGGGCCUCCAUGGGCAACUACAUCACCAGGAUGGCGCAGAAGUACUAUGAGUACUCCCACUAUAAGGAGGACGAGCAGGUGCCCCAGCAGCGCCCACCGCGGGGCUCCCAUGCGCCCUAUCUCCUGGUUUUCCAAGCCAUCUUCUAUAGCUUCUUCCAUCUGAGCUUCGCCUGUGCCCAACUGCCUAUGAUUUAUUUCCUGAACUACUACCUGUAUGACCUCAACCACACACUGUGGAACGUGCAGAGCUGUGGCACUAACAGCCACGGCAUCCUCAACGGCUUCAACAAGACGGUUCUGCGCAUGCUGCCGCGGAGCAAAAAUCUCAUCGUGGUGGAGACUGUGCUCAUGGCAGUGGCCUUCCUAGCCAUGCUGCUGGUGCUGGGCCUGUGUGGCGCCGCAUACCGGCCCACUGAGGAAAUCGACCUGCGCAGUGUGGGCUGGGGCAACAUCUUCCAGCUGCCCUUCAAGCACGUGCGUGACUUUCGUCUGCGCCACCUCGUGCCCUUCUUCAUCUACAGCGGCUUUGAGGUGCUCUUCGCCUGCACCGGUCUCGCCCUGGGCUAUGGCGUGUGCUCUAUGGGGUUGGAACGGCUGGCCUACCUCCUCAUUGCUUACAGCCUGGGAGCCUCAGCUGCCUCAUUCCUGGGCCUGUUGGGGCUAUGGCUGCCACGCUCAGUGCCCCUGGUGGCUGGGGCACUGUUGCACCUGCUGCUCACCCUCGGCCUCUUUUUCUGGGCCCCUGUGCCUCGGGUCGAGCAACACAGCUGGAUCCUUUAUGUGGCUGCUGUUCUCUGGGGUGUGGGCAGUGCACUCAACAAGACGGGACUGAGCACACUGUUGGGAAUCAUGUACGAGGACAAGGAGAGGCAAGACUUCAUCUUUACCAUCUACCACUGGUGGCAGGCUGUGGCCAUCUUUGCGGUGUACUUGGGCUCCAGCUUGCCCAUGAAGGCUAAACUGGCUGUGCUGCUGAUGACCCUGGUGGUGGCUGUGGCCUCGUACCUCUGGAUGGAGCAGAAGUUGCGGCGGGGUGUCCUUCCGCGCCAGCCACGUAUUCCGCGGCCCCAGCACAAGGUGCGUGGCUACCGCUACCUGGAGGAGGACAACUCGGACGAAAGCGACGCGGAGAACGAGCGCUGCGGGGACUGCGGCCAGGGAGUCUGCGCAGAGGAGGAGGAGGAGCCGCAGGGGGCGCCUAGCCCAGGCUCGGAUCCUGCAGGCGGCUGUCGCAGGCCCUGCCCUUACGAACAGGCGCAGGGAGGCGACGGGCUGGAGGAGCAAUGAGAAAGAGCCUCGGACUCUGCCUUUCUGCUGCUUAUCCUCAGUUUACCACCACAGGCUGAGGGUGCUGGGUCCCCUCUGGGAUCUUUCCAUUAGCCGGAAGGACCCUGUCCCCUCCCCUGUGUUCAAGACUACCCCUUCCAGAGCCUGGGUCCCCUGGAACUUCCACAGCCCCCUCCAGGACGAGGUGAGCUCUGUGACCUCGAGGGGCUGCCACUUACGACCCUGCGCACAGCCCACUGCACCAGCCCUUGCUCCAGCCCCAGAGGCAGGGACCAUGUCUCCAGAGCCGCUGCGUGAGAGGCCCACCUGCUCUGAAUAGCUUGUGACACGCUUAGUGCAUUCCAUCCCAGAGUUUUGCUCAGAAGCUCGACUUUUUACAGAAAGUAACCAAUAAAGAGUUUUUUUGUA